AGGGAUUCACACUUAUUCCAUAGCAAGAAGUGACACACCCACAGGUGUGCGGCUAAGAGUAUUAAUACUCAGGAAUGGAACUAAUCCAUCCCAUUCUUCCACACACAUAGGAGUCCUUUAUAACCUGCAAGAUGAUCAUCUUACUGCUGUGCGUGGUUCUUUUGUGUCCCACGGUUUACAGUUCGGACGCGUCAGUGGAAUGGUGCUACCAUGAACCAAGGUGCGAUUCUACUACCUGGUCAAAAAAUGUACAUGAUUAUUGCAGUGGAACAAGGCAGUCUCCCAUUAACAUAGUAACUUCAAAUAUUAUGGCAAAUUCCAAGCUUACACCAUUUAACUUUACUGGUUUUGAUGACAACUCCACUUUCUUUUCAAUUGGAAAUACUGGUGAUUCAGUCGUAGUCAGCCUGGAUGGUGAUAAAAUGACAGUGGAAGGGGGUGAUCUACCAAGCAAAUACACCAGUGUACAAUUUCAUCUCCACUGGGGUAACGGUAGCUCUGUGAAUGGCUCCGAGCACACUGUGGAUGGCAAGAGAUAUCCAAUGGAGCUGCACAUUGUGAAUGUCCAUUCAAAGUACAAUGGCAAUGCAAAAGCUGCGAUAGAUGCUAAGGACCCGAAUGGAUUGGCUGUCCUGGGUUUCUUUGUUGAGGGAUCCAGUGUAACAAGCAAAUCAAAAGGCUGGGAGAUCCUAACAUCAUUUUUGCCAAACAUUACCAAUUCAAGUGUUACAACAACAGACAUCAUAAACACUACCACAAUGAAUAGUCUGCUUGAAGGGGUGGACAGGACUAAAUAUUACCGUUAUCAAGGUUCCCUAACCACGCCCAGAUGUAACGAAAUAGUGAUCUGGACAGUGUUUAAAGACCCUAUCAAAGUCAAUCAUGAUUUGAUUCAGCUCUUCAGCACAACAGUACAAUUCAAAGGCACAAGCACAAAAAUGGCCAAUAAUUUCAGAGGUGUUCAAAACAUGAAUGGUAGAAUUGUGACAUCACAGGUGGCUUCAGCAGCAUCUUCAACUGUAAUUGCAUUAACUUUCUACAUUUUAGCAAUACUUCCCUUUAUCUGCUGGCUGUAAAUAGUUUGGAUUGGCCAGUCGAGUAAAAAUUAUGCAGACUUCUUUAUGAUCAGUUUAAUUUUUUUCCUGCGUGAUGAGCAGGUGUAUUGUUAAAAUGAAUCAAAUAUAAUAUAAAAUAUAUUAACUUUGAAAUAUCUUAGUGUUGUGAUUUGGAAAAACAAAACUGGAGAGGUUGUUGGUUGAUGAUACUUGACUGAGCUUAUUUAUCCUUAAGAUAUAUUUAUUUAGAGUAAAAAAAGAUGCCCACUUCUUAAUGUCUGUUUUUAUUUAAUCAAUUGUGAUGAGCAUGUGUAUGUUUAAAUCAAAUCAAAUGCUUUAAGUGUUUACCCAUUUUAAAGACAAAAUCUGUUAUAAACACUAUGAUAACAUGAGGAUUGAAAUCAUUGUUGACAUGCUGAACAGCUGAAAUCAUAAGGUCUACUCAUUAUGUACUGUAUUCAGAUUAAUUUUGUAUUCCGAUCUAUAUAGCAUGUAUACUGUAUUCAGCUGCAUAAAUUUAAAAUAUUUAACAUUAGAAUUAAAAUCUAUCACGUAUCUAAAUAAAAUAAAAAAAGGAAAUGAAAUGCUGUGUAAUAACAUAAUUAAUUUUAUUUAUGUAUGCAUGUGUAUGUAUGCAUGUAUAUAAUCAUUACCACAUUAAAGGGAUAGUUUACCUAUGAAUUAAAA